AUGGGUAUUACUGAAAUAUUAUGCCAAGGUCUUCAAAAGAAAACACAAGACAUAGUAAAUGCAAUGGCUCUAGUCUCAAACACAAAAGUCUUACUUAGAGAAUUAAAAGAAGAGAGAUGGGAAAAUUUUAUUACAACUGUUAUUGAAUUUUGUGUUGCACAUGGUGUUGAAACACCUAAUAUGGACGCUCGCUAUAUGAUGGGUACAGGCCGUUCUUGUCAGCAACGUGAUAAUAUCACAGUAGAUCACCAUUAUCGUGUUGAUAUAUUUACUGCUACAAUUGAUUUUCAGUUGUCAGAGUUAGAUCAUAGGUUUCCAGAGGACACAAUGGAACUACUCAUUCUUAGCUCAUGUUUGGAUCCUCGGGAUUCUUUUAAGUCAUUCGAUGUUGACAGUCUUUGUAAUCUUGCUGAGAAGUUUUAUCCUCUAGAUUUCAGUCCGCAAGAGGUACACAUUUUGAGAAAUGAGUUACAACAUUAUGGUCAUGAUGUAGUUAACAAUUUGCAAUUUCAGAACUUAUCAACUAUUUCCGAGUUAUGUCGGUAA